UUCGCUUCUUAUGAAAAGAAAUCUUACUUUGGGUAGUAACCCAAGAGGAGGUUUUUCCUUAGAAUAGCCAAAUCGCCAAAAUGUCCAGAUAGAACAAGAACUUAGGAUUCUGCAAAAAGAAGUUAACAGUUGAGAAGAAACAUUCUGAAAUGGAUCCCAAAUAUUUCAUCUUAGUUUUGUUUUGUGGACAUCUCAGUGAUACAUUUUUCUCAAAGACAGAAGCAACGACAACAGAGAAGCAACCACAGUUUACUUUAUUUAGCUCAUCAAGGCAACAUAACUCAGCUAAUUCCCAAAACAUAACAGGGAAUCUUAUGAGUCAACCAACACAAUUCAACCAUGUUUCUUCUGUACAACCAAUACCAACUACCAAAGAUGCUGCUGGACAAUCAACACCAGCUGCCUAUGCUUCUUCUAAAAAACCAGAAGCACACACUUCUGCUGGGCAACCACUUGCCUCUAACCCCACCAAACAACCAAUUCCAACAGCCAACACCUCCUCCCGACAAACAGCACUACUGGUGUUUACUUCUGCUGGACAACUAACCCCAUCUGCCCCUACUUCUACCAAACAACUGCCACCAUUUGUCUAUACUUCCACUCAACAACCAUCAUCUGUCCAUACCUCUUCUAGAAAACCAGUAUCACCAACUGUUCAUAAUCCAUCUAUACAACCAACACCAAGUGUCAAAAGCUCAACCAGGAAUACUCCAGGAUUCAUCCUAGAAACUACCAGUAACAAAAAUAUCUCACAUGAAACUACAUCUAAUUCAAUAGCUGCCAUAUUACUUGGUGUAAUUCUGACUUCUAUGUUGGUAUCUAUAAUCAUAAUUCUACUAUGGAAAUGCUUGAGAAAACCAGUUUUAAAUGAUCAGAAUUGGGCAGGUAGGUCUCCAUUUGCUGAUGGUGAAACCCCUGACAUAUAUAUGGAUAACAUUAGAGAAAAUGAAGUGCCCACAAAACGCACAUCAAUUGUUUCACUUAUGCCCUGGAAAGCAGGCAAAAGCACACUGUUAGCUGACGACUUGGAAAUUAAGUUGUUUGAAUCAAGUGAACACAUUGAACAUUCCAACAACCCCAAAAAAGAGAAAAUAAAAGAUCAAGCAAAUGGUACAUCAGAGGAGAGUGCUGGUGGAUCAACCAUUGGCACUGCUGUUUCUUCUUCAGAUGAUGCAGAUCCACUUCCACCACCUCCUCUACUUCUUGAUUUGGAAGGACAGGAGAGUAACCAAUGUGACAAACCCACAAUGACAGUUAUACCUCCUCUUCCAAAUGAUUCCACUAACCUCCCACCAUCUCUGGACUGUCUCAAUCAAGUGUGUGAAGAUCAUAAUUCUGAGUUCAAACAAACAUUUCCACCUCCACCUGACUCACUUAACUUGUCCCUGCCACCAGGAGAUUUCAUGAAAAACCAGGAAGAUUCCAAAAAUGAGAUCCAGUGUCAGGAUUUCUCUAUUCCUCUGGACUAUGAUCAAGAUCACAGUGAAUCCUUGCCACCCCCACCUGAAGAACUAUUAUAAAUAGUGUAACUUGCUUUUUAGCUGAUUUUCCAUCCUUCUUAUGAACUCCAUCUUUUGUUUUUCUUCAUGUGAUGAUGGCAACCUGUAGCCAAUUUUUAUUUUUAUUCAGGAACUACCUGAAAUCUGCUCAAAAUCCAUGUGCAUAAGUAGAACUUACUUUUAAAAAAUGAUGUAAUAGUGACCUAUUUACCAGCUUUAGUACUUAACUUUAAUGUACAGUACAUUUUAUGUAUGUAUGUAAAUAACCAUUUUGAAAACAAAUACUCUACAUACACUUAAUAUCACCUAAUAGAUAUUUUUCCCCCUGAAAAGCUGUGUAUAAAGUUACCCUGAAUAAAUAACAUUUUGUUUUUCCAUUUCAAAGUUUGAGGUGGGGGGAGGGGCAUGAGGAAUUAAAUACAUUCUCCAAGUUUUAAACAAAACUCCAAAUUUUAAAUUAAUACCUCAAAUAUUAAAUAACUAUUCCAUGUUUGUGGGAAUGAGAAACUAAAAAUGCAUGUUGAGUAUACAAAAAUUUUUUUUUAGCUUUCAUUGGAAGCAGUAAAGCAAUUCUGUUAAAACAUCAAAUGGAAGGGGGUGUUGGAUUGGGGAUAUCUACUCUGAAAAAAUAAGAACAUGCACCAUAAACUGUAGACAUUUUUCCCAUCUUGUUGGGAGAGCAUGGUUUCUAAAACUAACAUCUCUAAAGAUUUUCUUCUUUCUAUAGCUCAAGCACCCUAACAAAAGAAAUCUUACAAAGGAAAAUAAAACCACAUACACUAAACCACACCUCAAUGGCUUCAUUCCAAAUUUGAAUGAUUUUUCCAAGAAAAACAGACUGUAUCAAAUACAGAUGGUUCUCAACUUUCACUAAACUUACACUUUCUGACUUUAUACACUUAAACUCUUUAACCACCAUUCCUAUGUAGAAUUUCAUCUUUCCUCCAUAAACUGAUAAGUAAUGAAUCUGAGUUAUCAGAGUAGGGGCGGACCCAAUCUUUGUCAGAGUCACGAUGGCAAGUAUUCCAUGGCUAUGCUUGUGGCGGUACCAGCCUAUGCCUGCAAAAGAGCAGCACGCAGUCUUCCUUCUUACCCUACCCUAACCCCUGGGUUAAUAAUGAAAUAUGAUGGUCUUGCUGGUAGUUUAACCUUGAAGAACCCCUCAUAGUUCUGGGGUUUUUCAAAACAAAAUAUAGUAUUUAUUUGUCACACUAGUGUUCACAAAAACACAAAGCUCCAUCUUUUUGGACAAUGAAAUUUUAUAUACAGUAUUUCCCUUUAAAUCUUUUAAACCAUUCCCUUACUGACCAUUAAAACUUUUUAUUUACAGAAACAUUUCCUUGAACUUAUUUUUCCUGAUGUUUAUUUCCAAAGCAUGUUUAUUAUCAUAUUAGAUGGGAACUCAGUCUUCUACAUUAAAAUAUUUCUUUCAUGUUGUCUUUCAAACUUAGCACUUUUAAGGUUAAUUUACCCAGGAGCAAGCAGGAGUUUAAGAAUUCCCUAUUAAUCUUCAGAAUUGUAAGUAUUCUAGUCAGCUUAAAUAAGGUAUGUUUUUAUAUUUGGUCAAGACUUUGAUGUAUUUAAGCCAUCAUAAUAUUCUUUAUUUUACAUGUAAGAUGGUUACCUAAGAGGCCUUUUCCACACUUUUGCUCUUCUUUCUCAUCACCUUCUUUUCUGAUCUCUUGAAGGACAGAUGCUGGGAUAUAUAGGAAAAUGCCAACUCUUACAGAUAAACCAAGAGCUGAUGAUCUAUCUGGUCACAGUCUUAUCUGAUUCUUCAAAUUCUACAUGCCACUUUCUUCCUUCUGUUCUUUGUAUAACCAAGGAACAGACUAACAGCAGUUAGUUUUGGGGUUGUUUUUAAUUUUCUGCCAGGGGGAGAAAAUAAUUCCCAUUUACUGCAUGUAAUUUUUCCCCACUGAGGUCAGUGGAAGCCGAGCAGCCAAACAGUGGCAACCCUUGCUUAAUCAGCAGAAAGAAAUGCAAGUUAAUGAAAGAAAUACAGGAGAGAAGAAAAUGCUGGAACGAAGAAAAACCUACAAAAAAAAGAUCAAAGAACCAGGAUCCAGAGCAAAAGAGAAAGUUUAUUUCAUGAGUAUGGCAAAAGGACAAGGCACAAAGGAAUAAAAAGUAGAUUGAAUGACAACAUAGCAGUGGUGCUCCUACCACAUCAGCAUUAACCAGAUUCAGAAACAACUCUAAAGACCAUCUAGUUCCACUCCUUUUAUUUGUCAACUGCUGAAAAUAUACGCCGGAGAGAGGAAUGACUUGUUUAGUAGUGGUAUUAAAAACUGAGUUUGUUCACUGACUCCUGGUUCAGCACUCUUUUCACUAAUAUAGGACCAAAAGAGCACCUACUUUGUGCACUGCGACAUAUUAUCAUACAUGUAUUCCAUUUGACACAGUAGUGGGGGACACAAUGACGUGACUUGUAAUUGUUAUUACCUAGUUCUAAUCAAAAAGUAAAGUAUAAAAUAUCAGGUACCUAGAAUUAAAACAUUAUAAUAAUCAUGUACUGUGAUACUGAUAUAUGAUUAGAUAAAUAGAAUGGAAAGUCCAGAAACAGACUCAAAUCUCUAAUCACUGGAAAAAACUAUGGGAACGAUUGGAUAGACAUCUGGAAAAAAAUAAAAUUGGAUCCAUACUUCACACUACAUUAGAAUAAACACCAAAUAGACCAGAGAUCUAAACAUAAACAUGAAAUAAUACAAGUAAUAGAAGAAAAAUCUAAGAAUUCCUUUGUAAUCUAGAGAUGAGAAAAACAUUCCCAGUUGAGAUUCAAAAUCCAGGAACAAUAAAAAGGAAAACUCAAUUAUAUAAAAAACUUUUAAAUGUCAAACAAAACAAACUCUACCACAAUAAAG